AUGACGAACGUCUUUGGUGUCCAAAUCUUCUUCAUCAUCUUUCGAGAAUGUCUCGAGGCCGUCAUCAUUGUGUCGGUGCUUCUAUCCUUCUUGAAGCAGUGCUUGGGUCAACCUCACCAGGAUCCGGUUAUAUAUAAGCGACUGAAACGACAAGUAUGGGCGGGUUCGCUGGGCGGCAUCUUGAUAGCGCUCAUCAUCGGAGGCGCCUUCAUUGGCGUCUUCUAUGGCCUGGGACAUAACCUUUGGGCUGAAUCCGAAGAUCUCUGGGAGGGCAUCUUCUACCUCAUUGCCAGCCUCAUCAUCACCGUCAUGGGACUCGCUAUUCUGCGAAUCAACAAGACCAAAGAGAAAUGGAGGGUCAAGAUUGCUCAAGCCCUAGUCGCCAAGAAACACCACAAGGACGCUGCUUCAAGACUUGGUGAAUGGUCUCGACGAUACGCCAUGUUCAUCCUGCCCUUCAUCACCACUCUUCGUGAGGGUCUUGAGGCAGUGGUCUUUGUUGGCGGUGUAUCCCUCGGUCUCCCUGCCACUGCUUUUCCCAUUCCAGUCAUCACCGGUAUACUGGCAGGAUUACUUGUUGGAUUCCUCAUCUAUCGUGGCGGCAACUACAUGACCAUUCAAUAUUUCCUGAUCGCCUCUACCUGCGUCUUGUAUCUGAUUGCGGCAGGCAUGUUCUCAAAGUCUAUUUGGAGCUUGCAAUUCUACAAAUUCGCUCAACAGGUUGGCGGUGAUGUCGCCGAGUCUGGCAAUGGCCCUGGCUCGUACAAUAUCAAACAGACGGUGUGGCAUGUCAACUGCUGCAGUCCAGAGAUCGAUCACGGCUGGGACAUCUUCAAUGCCAUCCUGGGCUGGCAAAACACCGCCACCUAUGGAUCGGUCAUCUCAUACAACAUCUACUGGCUGUUCAUCAUUGUCUGCAUCUGCUUCAUGCUCUACGAGGAGCGUACUGGAUAUCUGCCGGGCCAGAAGGCCUUCCUGAACUUCUUGUCAAAGGUUCCAGGCUUCAGAAGCUAUGCAGGCCGUAAGCUCACUGCGUCCAAGCAGGAUGCCGCGGCUAUCAUCAAGCAGGUCCAAGCAGAUAAUUUCACCCAUGGGGUCCAGGGUCCUCUUGCUUCGACUUAG